AGCUUCACACUUUUAUUAAACGCCUUUUACUCCAAUUGCACAAUUAUCGAGCUAGCAGAAGUAUAUAUAUCUCUCUCUAUCUCAUGGAAACAAUUAUCUGGAGCGCGCGCCGCGCUAUUUUCAACCCAACGCGAUUUUACUUUAGAUCUUUGACUACCUUGCAGGGCAACUCACAUAUCUUCGUUUUCCCAAAUCCCCAAACCCCGAAUAGCUAUAUACUCUCUCUUUUACCUACAGAUCCUCCGAAACCCAACCUUGCGAUCGGAGUGACGUCCAAACUUCCUCCAACCACUAACUCUUUGAAAGAAAAUCCGGCGUUUCUAAACACGCUCCAGUCAGUCAUUGCAGAGCAUGCACAUGAGGAUCCUGAGGUAGUGUCGCAGGCGCAAGUAAUGGCUUACACGAGUGGGGUAAAUCUUGCUACUGGUGGCCGGGGGCAAAGGCAGCGGAGACGUGGCGCUACCAGUUCAAAUGAAGGCUUUAAGGAUAGCACAAAUUCCACUAAGAGAGGUGGAUGGAUUCAUAUUUUCGAUACGAGGAAUCCCCCGGAGUUUGCUAGGAUCGCAUGGCCAGAAGAUAUAUUCGGCAGCCUGGAAGUUGAUGGGAACGGAAAUAUUGAAGGGAAUUACCAGCCCAGUGGUACCUACCGGGUCAUCACCUCGAAUGGAAUCCUUGGUCUCAGUCCAUUUUUGCGAGAGAAGCUUGUUCAGCGCCUUCGAUCAGAGGAGAAUAAUUAGCGCAGCUAGACGCUAGAAAUUUGCAUUUAGGCAAACCACUCCACUCCUAAUAUAUGAACCCCCAUGGUGUGAAACAUGGGAUUGCCGAAUCAUUUAUGGCAGGCCACUGCGGCACCACGAAGGUUUAGUGCUCUGCAUAUUUGGCUGCUCAAUUGAAACACCUUUGCGUGGACCCUUAUAAGGAUCAUUCUCUUAUACCCUCGUUGUGUUAACAGUUGUGCCAUUUUUGCCUGGAUUCCUUCAAUAUUCAUGAUGGGAUUGCCUGUGCAUAUACCGCGACAGCAUCAUAGGAGCAACAUAUAGUUUAUGUCUUAUAGGCUUGCAUGCACAGCGCGGGAAUAUAUCAAAUAUUUCUCGAAUCGUGGCUCGGCUUACAAAACCUGCCAACACUGUAUUGUGGACAAACCAUAGCACGGUCGUAUCUCGUUAUGGCCCUUCUUUAAACAAGUGGCAAUUGAGACAAUGCACUCAAUUCGCUUGUCCUUUAUCCUUUCCAACACUCAUCCCAUGGGGAAUCAAUCAUAUCUGUGAGAAAAUGUUUACAUGUGAAAGGAAGGAAGAAUAGCAGCUACAAAAAUGACCUGUGAUGUCUUUGUCAACCCACUGACAGAAUGGGCCAGAGUGCAACCUGUUUAGACUACUAUAUAACCACUUAAGCUGCUGCUUUUGGUGGGCGCAGGCGACGAGUGGCUCAAUUAGUGGAUUUCUUUCAUGAAACCCAGAACAUAGCACGUUACCAACAUAAUAAAGAUCAUUAGAGAAUUCGUGAAGAAACAAAUAUCCAGCGUACACAUGUGAAAAUGACAGCAGCGGGGGCGGGUACAAGACAACAAAGCUUAAAAUCAAACGCGGGCAUAAACCUGUCAACCAAGGCUAGCUCUCCUGUUCUUUGCGGCAACUUUGGUCUUCUCUUCUUCCGCCAUAGUGGGCAGCUAUGUACGGUUUAGUCCCUGUUCCGGUUCCGCCCUUCACUUCACAUAUUCCGGUGAUGAGAACACGCUAAAGAAGCAUCCCUUUCUGCGCCAUCUCCAAAAGUCCACAACUUUUAUACUGAGGCUUUAUGUAUGUGCAUUUAGAGUCAAAUAUCCCACGAUGUCAAUAAGAAAGAACUCCAUCGAAGCAAAUAUUUGUAAAAAUUUCAUUGAAGUUGAAAAGAAU